AUGAAGAGGUUGGGUGAAGAAAGGUUCAAAGGCCUCAGGAGUGGUGUAUUGGGUGUGUCUUGUUCUCUUCUUUAUCUUGAAACUGGACAUGCUGUUCAAUAUAUCGCUGAUAAUCAACCUGAAGAGACACCGAUAUCGACAACAAUUGUAUUUGAAGGAUCAAAUGUGAUCGAAAAAAUUAAGAAGAUGGUGACUUCUGGACAUGCUAUGUCUCCAUUACCAAAGUGUUUAGUAGAACUAUAUAAUAGCAGUAUGAAUUAUAUAGAAAUUGUCCAACAAGAAAACUAA